AUGGCCGGUCAAGCUAUUCCUCUCAGUACUUUACAAGCUAUCCUCAGUAGAGGUGGCAAUACGAGUUUUGCUCCUUCUAGUUUCGCUCCUUCGAAUAUUGCUCCGUCGUUGUAUGGCCUUGGCGCUAGAAAACCAGGUCUGAGGCAAUUCACCUCUGGAAUUGGACCUGGAUCAUUUUCACAGUUCCCAUACUCCCAGAGCCCCCUGAACCCUCAACGACCUGCGUAUACAAACUCGCUUUUUCCACCCACUCCUCCUGGAGCAAGCCAUACCGCCAACCCAACGAAUCUAUCUUCCAUAUUCGGAGCAGGUUAUCCGUCAAAUUUCAAUGCUCAACGAAGCACAUUACCGAUCAAUCAAGUCAACUCACAGUUCGGCAAUGCGUUCACCCCGAGGCCGAAUGGCUUAUAUGGCAAUGUAUCCGGUAUACGUAACUUCGCUACUCAACCUCCUUCUACGCCAGUGUGGAAUAACAGUAACACAUUCGGAUCUCAAAACCAACGUUCGAGUACAAGUAUGAAUGACCAGACUCCACUCGCUACAGCUUUCAACGGAGUUUGGAAUCAAUAUCUGCCUCAGACAUUGACGAACGGUCGACCAUUCACUCUAAAAGACGCGUUCAAAUCGUACGUCAGGCGCCACAAAGUCGAUGUCGAUGAUACUUUGAACCAAUAUCCAACUGAAACAAUUAAUGAAUUGGGUAGAGCUUCUCAAGUAAGCAUGAAUACAACUAACCAGUUAUGUAAUCAAUCUCGCGAAUGCUUCAAGUCUCUCUAUGAUACCGUCAGAAGCGCCUAUGGGAACAAUGGAAAUCUACAUCCAGAAGUGCAGAGAAGUCUCGUAAAUAUGGAGAACUCCAUGAUCUCUACGGGAAAUAGUCUGAGAGAGCAAAAUAGGUCACAUAUAGAUCAUGUUAAGAGUCUCGCUGGGCGUAUCAAUACCUUAGAGCAAUCAAGGAAACUCUCUGAUCUCUCGAAUGACUUUGAUCAAGGUCAGAUAAGUCCCAUUGAGGCCCUCGAUAUCACGAAGCGUCUAGGUCCGAAACUUGUGGAUUUUGGAAAUGGAACUACACAACCUACCUUAUGGAACAGAUAUGUAGCAACUGCGUCAGCUUCUUCUCAACCUAGCAGUAUAUAUGGAUGA